CUGAGCUCUGUUAUGAACACAGAAUUGAUUCCUUCUCCCAUAAAUGGAUCGCACUAAGUGGACUUGAAACCCAAUUCAAAACGGUUUAACCAUUGGGGAUUUCAAAUCCGCCACCUCACACCUCCCUUCUAUAAAUAUCCUCACCCCCUCAACUAUUCGCCAAAUCAAAAUCUUCUUCUUCAUAAAGCACGUCUGUUGAUAGGGUACACGCUCAAAAGAAGAAAACAAAGAGCAACAAUGGCAGAAGAACGGAUAAUCACAGUCGGAUAUGUUGAGUUAGCAGGCAGUGGGGGCAGCUCAAACAAAAGAAAGAUGAAUGAAUCAAGUGAAUUGGAGAAGUCAUCCCGUACCAUCUACAAAGACAAGCACAGUGCAUAUUCAGAGCAAUUUACUAAGCACCAUAAGGCUGAAGAGUUCGUGGACAAAGAUAGUGGAAGGUUGGGGUUCAAAGAACAGGUCACAUACAAAUCCACUCACAAGGUUAAUGACAAGGUUCAGGGGAGUACCACUGAGUACGAGACCCAGGUCAAGUUUAAGAAGACUGUCUACCCGAAAAAGAGUGCCUCAAAGUGCAACUACAAUAAUGCUAUUUACUAUGACUAGAUUUCCUAAAGUUCUUGGCUUUCUACAGCUUUCUUGCCUUGUGUUUUAUUUUUAUUUUUUUCAUGGCGAUUAGCUUGUAAAUUUGUAAUGGGUUUUAACUCUAGUAAUAUAUGUCAAGCAGUGUUCUGAGGA